AUGGGGUGGCUGCAUCAUGGCCUCAUAGCUUUAACAGCAUUAUCAACAAUCCCACAUGCAGCUGCUAGACCCUCGCCAUGGCCUAGUAUAACACUGUCGAAAUCAACGGGACACCAGGAGCCCUGUGAAUUAAUUUCCCUCUCACAAGCCAAGCAGUUGAAGAGUUACCCGGAUGACAAAAACUUUUUUGUUUCCGCCGAGCUCGCUCACUCAUGUUUGACAUCAGUUCCAUUCAAAAAGAAAGACGCCCUAAGAUUGAUUGAUGGCCUCGAUUCCUUCUUCUCGUGGCAAAGCACAAUAGAUUACCUCAAGAACCCCCCAAAGGGAUAUCUACUUCCCGGAAUCGACCUUGUCAAAACUUUAAAGGAAAUUAGAGACAAAGCAGCCGGCGACAAAUAUCCCAACGAAUUUGAAUUCCAGAGUGAUAUAGCUAGGCUGGCAUCAUCUGCACACGAUGGCCAUUUCAACAUCAACCUUGAUGCUAUCAGUAUCUUCUCCUUUCGACGGGAUAGAAUUGGCCCGCUAGUUUCGGUUUCAUCAGAUGGGAAGACAUUUCCAGAAAUAUAUGUCUAUCGGGAUGUCAAUGUUACCGCAACAGAGAAGGUGGACUGGAAACCAUCUGCCAUCAAGUCCAUCGAUGGCCAGGAUGUCUUCGAAUGGCUGCGGGACUGGUCGUACCACACAUCCCACCAGGAUCCAGAUGCACUAUAUAACGCUCUAUUUUAUUCCAUCCCGAGAUAUGCACAAAAGUCUUUCGGGUCCUUCUUUGCCACUACGGGAGCAUACACAGGGCCAAGCACCACUCUUACCUUCAAGAACGGAACGACGAUGGAGUAUCCGAAUUUUGCUUCUUUUCAAGACUCAUUUGAAGGCGUGACAGAUGGCAGCACCUUCUAUGAUAAGUUCUGCAGUGGAGACAUAGCAUCACAGCAACCGCGGAAACGUGAUUUGAUUAUGGCUACCAGUCCUCCUGACGUUCAUCGGCGAGCUACCCCUGGCGAGUCCUCUAGACCAUUCUUCCCCCACGCAGUGGAAGAGUUCAGAUAUGGCGAUGUGGCGGGUUAUUUCCUGGGCAACGAGCAUCCAGACACCGCUGUUCUAUCUAUCAACUCGUUUUCCGGAUCAGACGAAGAGGAUAACCUACAGUUUGACGAAUUCAGCUCUGUCAUUACCAGGUUUCUGGCAGCAUGUAAGAAGGAACGAAAAUCGAAACUCAUAAUUGACGUGACUGCAAAUGGGGGUGGUGCUGUUUUCUUAGGAUAUGACACAUUUAAACAGCUAUUCCCCGAUACGAAGCCAAAUGAUGCGUCUAAUCUUCGUGCUACAGAGCAACUAGAUAUCAUUGGCAGCAAAGUAACGGCUGUGCUAUCAGACCCCGAGACUCGCAAUACCACCAUGGGCAGGAGCCUGCGAGGAAGCCAAUUCGACAUUGGAGUCUACGUCGACACCAAGGGAAACGCUCUUACCGACUGGCGUGAUUUCUAUGGCCCAGAGAAGGUUGGGGACUUCAACUUCACGCACCUCUCCUCGUGGAAUCUGAAGAGCCAGGACCUGGCCGACGCCUCUGGCGGCGCUGUCGUGGCUGGAUACCAGGAUCGUGCAAGCCUACCGCCACAGGUCUUCAAGCCUGAGGACAUGGUUCUCCUGACAGACGGCACCUGCGGCUCCACGUGUGCUAUAUUUUCAGAUUUACUGAAGCGCAACGGCGUGAAGUCGAUAGUGACAGGCGGGCGUCCGCGUGACGGUCCCGUCCAGGCAGUCGGAGGCGUCAAGGGCUCGCAGGUGCUGACGUAUCUGCAGGUAUACAACGCCGUCUCGGUCCUGUACCGCAAGUACCUGUCCCCUCGAGAGCAAGCCGAGCUGGCCGGAACGUCCAUUGGCGAGAUGGUUCGAACCGGAGAAUACGUUCUCGCGCGAACGAAGAGAGACGGCCUGGGAGGCCGAGUCAACUUCCGCAAUGCAGUCCGUCCGGACGACGAGACGCGGACACCUCGCCAAUUCGUCAACGAGCCCGCGGACUGCAGGAUCUGGAUGACACCGAAUAUGCUGUUCGACCUGAAUGACGUCUGGAAUGCGGCCCAUGAUGUCGCUUGGGGCAACAGCAGCUGCACGUCCGGGUCGUCUCCCCCGGCAGGCUAUUAA